CAACAGGAUUUGGCAAAUUCGGUGUUCACGCUUUUGAACAUUUUUGCUAAUAGCAAGGGAAUGCAAUGCGGGUGCCCAAUGAGAAAAGAAAAGAAUAUGAGAGAGAUUCUCGAGAUUUGCGAGCUGUUGUGCAACAUUGUUGGAGCUGAAAAUCGCAAUAGUAUCGAGAAACAAAAUGUCAAUUCUAAUAAGGUAAUUAAUAUUAAUUUGUUUUACAGUGGAGGGGGGGGGGAGGUAUAAUCAGUUUGCUGACCUAUUGAAAAGUCAUUCUGUAAUUCAGCGGCCCGCAAAAUUUCCACAUUUCACGGCCAAAGAUCAAUUUCCUCAGCUAAAAAUUGUGCUGCAGGUUUGGUCAUGUAAUUUCACAUGAAAAGAAAUGUAUGCAGGAGAUGAAAAAACAUUUUAUUAUGCCAGAAAUCUUGCAUUAUAAUACGCCUACGUAAUGCGUCCUCGCGUAUUCAUAAUAGAUAGCUUAAGAUCUACGACGUCGACGUCAGCUAGGACGUCAGGGCUAAGCAGAGGACUGGGACUAGGAAGUCGUCCUAAAUAAAUAAACUUCCACUUAAAGAUGAUGUCCACUCCUGUGCGCAUGCGCUAACUUUGUUUACGUUUUGAACUGCUAUAUUUGUAAAAUAUGAAUACUAUAACUGAAUAUCUAACACUUUUCUGGUUCGCUAUGCUUGUAAAUGAAUAUAAACUCUACGUUCCGAUUCAAAAAAGUUCGAAAGAUACAAAAUUUGGGCAAUGUUUACAUCUGCCGGUCCCCCUUUGUUAUGAGAAGAACUGAUGCGCAGAACGGAGUGGACAUCAUCUUUAAGAUUCACCUAACAAAAUUCGUAAUUUUUGGUCAAUUUCGCGCAAUCGCGGCAGCGCGGAGUUCCACAAUGCAUAGUUGAAACCUGGUGGAAAAUCAACAAUAAUGCAAGUUGCUAAUAUAGAUUAGUAAUUUUUAAAUGCAUAUACUCUAAUAUUUUAGCGCAAAAUGUGGAAUAAAAUAAAAGUGGAUUCAGUUUCAUUUCCCGGCUUUGUGAGGUUCUAGCUAACUAUUCAAAAUUUUCUUUGGAGAGAAUUUCUCCAUAACGCCCAUAGUAGAUCUAGCCCCGUAAAAAUAUUGUGCUAAUAUAUAGCUAUAAUUAAAUGUACUCAUGAAAAAUCCACACUACAUUUCAAACACUAUUUUAGGUAAGGUAAAAGUAAUUUUAAAAAGUUAGGUAAAUUGGAUCCUUACAAACCAUGUAUCUUAAUGACAAAGUCUUCGCUACUGCACUUCCCUGAAGGCAAAUGUAUAUUAGGCACUGUGUUAUCACAGCUGACGCAGAGUGUCUUCUAGAUGCAGGGACAAAUUUCAAAAGAAGAGAAAAUAUUUUCGACGAGUGGUGCGGUGUUAGAUGAAGGAGAUGAAGGGGCAGUUGAUACACAAAACAUAGUGAACGAGAAAACAAAGGUAACAAAAAUUGUGGUUCAAUUUUGUAUUAAAAUAAUUUGUAAAUAAACUGAAAAUUAUUUGAAGUUCGGCAAACAUAAUUUUUGUUGUAAUUAUUCCUCAUUUUUGAAUUUUUGGGGGUAUACGUGCAAAGUACUACAAUUAAUGUGAUUACCAAUACGAUUCAAGAUCAAAACUCGACAAGUAUCAACAGCUACAGAUGAAAAUGUUAGUUAUACCAAAAGUUGUACUAUUCUAGAUUUACUCUUCACAACAAGAAUUUUAUGAUGCAACUCAGGGAAAAGUUGAAAAUUGUGAAACACCAGAGUUGGAAGCGAAAACUAAUGCGAGUGAGGUAACCAAAAUGUUCCAUUUAAAUAUGAAAUAUAAAAUAUUGACUAAAAUUAACAGUGGUGAUAAUGACAUGUAUCGUCAUGAUCAUUAAUUGAUCUGUUUCUUCAUUGUUAUCAAGAGCGUUUCCUAAAAAUUAGUUUACUAUAUAGUUUGCUAAUAUUACACAACGCAAAAUCACUUUUAUCAGGCCUAUCUACCCUGACUAUACCACAGUACAAUACGAUCCAGGAUUAAAACUCGACUAUCAACAGCUACAGAUAAAAAUGUUAGUUAUACUAAAAGUUGUACUGUUCUAGAUUUACUCUUCACAACAAGAAUUUUAUGAUGCAACUCAGGGAAAAGUUGAAAAUUGUGAAACACCAGAGUUGGAAGCAAAAACUAAUGCGAGUCAGGUAACCAAAAUGUUCCAUUUAAAUAUGAAAUAUUGACUAAAAUUAACAGUGGUGAUAAUGACAUGUAUCGUCAUGAUCAUUAAUUGAUCUGUUUCUUCAUUGUUAUCAAGAACGUUUCUUAAAAAUUAGUUUACUUUAUAGUUUGCUAAUAUUACACAACGCAAAAUCACUUUUAUCCGGCCUAUCUACCCUGACUAUACCACAGUGCAAUACGAUCCAAGAUCAAAACUCGACUAUCAACAGCUACAGAUGAAAAUGUUAGUUAUACUAAAAGUUGUACUAUUCUAGAUUUACUCUUCACAACAAGAAUUUUAUGAUGCAACUCAGGGAAAAGUUGAAAAUUGUGAAACACCAGAGUUGGAAGCAAAAACUAAUGCGAGUCAGGUAACCAAAAUGUUCCAUUUAAAUAUGAAAUAUUGACUAAAAUUAACAGUGGUGAUAAUGACAUGUAUCGUCAUGAUCAUUAAUUGAUCUGUUUCUUCAUUGUUAUCAAGAACGUUUCUUAAAAAUUAGUUUACUUUAUAGUUUGCUAAUAUUACACAACGCAAAAUCACUUUUAUCCGGCCUAUCUACCCUGACUAUACCACAGUGCAAUACGAUCCAAGAUCAAAACUCGACUAUCAACAGCUACAGAUAAAAAUGUUAGGCCUGGUUCAAACGUCGGAUUUUGCAUGUGUCGAAUACAAUUCGCAUUUCAUUCGAGCGAAUUCAAUGAAAUUCGACGUUUGAUUCAAACGUCGCAUUUUGCAUGCAUUUAAUUCGAAAUUGUAAGUGUUGUAGAGUGUAGACACGUCCCUUUGAUAGUUUUAAUUAAUAGAUUGACAUUUAUUUUUAACCUAGCUGUGGUUUAACGUAAACAACAAGAGCAAAGUUUCUCUCAAAAAUAAACACAGUAAUCAGUAUGUCAGUAGGGCCAUUUAUACGACUAUACCAGCGAAAUAAGCCGUGGCUCGUCUUAUUUAAAGCACGAAAAAAAUACUAUGUAGUCCCGUAUAAAUGUUCUUUUUCGCGACUUUAUUUUCGCUUGUAUGUAAACUCACAUCAGGCUAUUGACUAUUUUUCACACAAACACACAAAAAAAAAAAUGAAAUUAUUUCCAUUCUAUGUCCUACGCGCGAAAUUUGAUCCAUUAACACUACAUGCCGUCCUUCUUUUACCUCGUUCCAGACUUUUUCCGCGAGCCCCACCCUAGCAGAAUUGAAUUCGACACAUGCAAAAUGCGACGUCUGAAACAGGUCGCAUUUAGCUCGCACUUAGCUCGUAUUAUGCGACCGGUCGGGUCGAAUUUAAAGUUAAGGUCGACCGCAAUUAAAAACGUCGCAUUUAAUCGUUUCAGACGUCGAAUUUUGCAUGCACAUAAUUCAAGCAAUUGAAUUCGACACAUGCGAAAUGCGACGUUUGAAACAGGCCUUAGUUAUACUAAAAGUUGUAUUGUUCUAGAUUUACUCUUCACAACAAGAAUUUUAUGAUGCAACUCAGGAAAAAGUUGAAACUUGUGAAACACCAGAGUUGGAAGCAAAAACUCAUGCCAGCCAGGUAACCAAAAUGUUCCAUUUAAAUAUGAAAUAUUGACUAAAAUUAACAGUGGUGAUAAUGACAUGUAUCGUCAUGAAUCAUGUCAGAGCAAAAUUUGUCCACUUAAAAUUUGUUCAUGGAAGACUAGUCCUGUUCUGUCUCAUGUUUACAACAGCGUUUCCAUGUCAGAGCCAACAUACUAAAACAGGAAAGUUCGGCUGACCUUCUGUAUACCCUAUUUCAAACAUUAAGAAAACUCGUAUGUCUGAUGAAAACAAAAGCAACUAAGCAUGCAUUACAAUUUAAGAAGUAUGAACAUGGGUCAUGGAUGAUGGGUUAAACACUCGUAUACAUACUUUUAAAAGGAUACAGCAAUAUAUAUUUUUAUUAUUUCAUUUGGAAGAACUUUUAAAAUUAUAUAUUAAUCUCUUUUACCGAUUUUACGUAACUUUAUUAUUUCUUGAGAUAUUUGAACAGAAAAAAUCACAAAUCAGCGAGCUUUCCCAAUCUUGAAUUUUGGCGGAUAUGCAUGUGACAUCAUAAGCAAGGGUCACGCAAGAAUUUUAUCCAUAGAGCAAUUGGUUAUUAUGAGCCCAAAUCAUAUACUUCAGUAACUAUUUGAAAUAAAAACUGUCUGACGACUUUUCAAACAAGACUUAAUGUUAUUUGGUCAUUUAGAUGUAGUUUUAUAUGGCUCACCCUGUUUAUGACGUCACUAAAAUCACCGAUAAUGAGAUAAAAAUUAAUCCAAGAUGGCGGACAGCAAAUUAUUACAAGUCAAAAUAUAUAUUUCAAGAAAUAAUAAAGUUACGCAAAAUCGGUAAAGGAGAUUAACAUAUAAUUUUAAAAGUUCUUUAAAAUGAAAUAAUAAAAAAAUAUAUUGCCGUAUCCCUUUAAUGUUUGAAGAAACGUAAACUGUACUAAUGGUUACUUCCAUUUAUCGGUAUUAAACUGUUGUUCAGUGGUAGGCUAGUAAAAGGACCGGCAGAGAAAAUUCUUGUUUUAUUUAAUUUUAAGGUUUCACUUCCGUCUAAAGUGGAUCCGAUAUCUUUCGUUGGAGAGUUUCAAGCAGAUGAUGCAAGUGCGCAAAACAACAGUAAGAAACUCCACAAAGAAAUCACAAUGGACAAGGUAAUAACAUUGUCUGUACUUAAUAUAAAUUGGUUUGCAGUCAAACUAAAGUUUAAAUUUAAAACAAUUAAAAACUCAUUUAUACAGGAAAGCACUACUGUCAAGUUCUAUUUUUAAAUUGUCGUCCACCAAUAAGAGCCAAUCUUAAACACCGUAAAUUUUAGGGAUCGUUGUCUCCUGAAGAGCAAGAAUUAUUGAAGCCAAAAACAAAGCAAAAUGAGGCUUGUGGAGAAAACAAGAGCCCAAAGACCAAGCGUUCACUGAGAAAGGUAAAUGAUUUGCUUGUAGGCUAUUUCAUUCCAAUUGGUUUGGAAUUGAACUAAAACUCAAUUUUUACCAUGUUCAGUUCGCUAUUCAAGUUGUUGUACCAAUCCCACUACAAUGGCCAACCUCUAACAACGUAAAUUUUAGGGUUGGCUAUCUUAUGCAAAGGAAACAUCUUUGAAGCAGAAGUCAAAGAAACGUGAAGCAUGCGGGAAAAAGAAAACUAAUACACCACAGGGAGUGAAUACACUGAGCAAGGUAAUUAAAUUGCUUGUAUCUGAUAUAAAUUGGUUUGGAAUCAAACUAAAACUGAAUUAAAAACUUAUUUACUGGAAAGUUCUAUGACGAUCCACUAAUAAGGGCCAAUCUCUAAUGUUCCACUAUUUAAAGCGAAUCUCUAACACCAUAAAUCUUAGGUUUCGCUGACUUUUAAGGUGGAAACAUCAUCAUUGCAAGAAAAAAAGAAACAUGUGGCAUGUGGACAAGAGACAACCAAUGAACCACAGAAAAAGAGUACACUGAUCAAGGUAAUGAGAUUGCAUGUAUUUAAUAAAAAUUACAUUGGAUUCAAACUAAAACUAAAUAGAGAACUUAUUUUAUUGUAAAGUUCUACCGUGUUCCACUAAUGAGGGCCAAUCUCUAAUACGUGAUUUGUAGGGUUCGCUAUCUUCUAAAGAGGAAACAUCUUCGUUGCAAGCAGCAAACAACCAUGUGGCAUGCGGACAAAAGGCAACCAAGGAACCACAGAGGAAGAGUACACUGAUCAAGGUAAUGAGAUUGCUUGUAUUAAAAAAAAAUUGAAUUGGAGUCAAACUAAAAUUAAAUUAGGAACUUAUUUCAUUCGAAAGUUCUAUAGUGCUCCACUAUAAUGAGGACCAAUUUCUAAUAACGUGACUUUUAGCGCCCGUUGUCUUCUGAAAAGGAAACAUUUUUGCCUACAAAUGAGGCAUGUGUUGAUAAAGAUAUUAAGGUUGUUUGAAAUACUUAAUAUAAAUUGGUUUGAAGUCAAACUGAAACUAAACUAAAGAUCUAUGCGUACGGGAAAUGUUCUAUUUUACAUCGUCCCAAUCCACUAAUAAGAGUCAAUCCCUAUAACAACGUGAAUAUUAGGGUCCGCUGUCUUAUAAAGAGGAACCAUCCUUGCCGAAAAGGAAAAAGAAACGUGAAGCAUUUGAUAAAAAGAAGAUGAAAAGUCCGCAGAAGGAGAAUACACUGAGCGAGGUUUGUCAUUGUAUUUAACAUAAAUUAGUUUGGAAUCAAACUUAAACUAGAUUAAAAAUCUAUAUAUACAGGAAAGCAAUACCGUGUUAGAAUCUAUUUUUAUGUUGUUGUCGGUAUCCGCUAAUAAGGCCGAUCUAUAACAAAGUAAAUUUUAGGAUUCGUCGUUUUCUGAAGAGGAAACAUUUUUGCUAAACGAAACAAAGAAACUUGAGGCAUGUGGAGAAAAUAAGACAAAGAGACAACAGAAAGAAAAUGCAUUAAAUAAUAACUACAGUGAAACACGCAAUUUGAUUGGUCAAUAGCCGUGCAGCCGGAUCAGGCUAUCCUUGCACGAAGAAUUAAAAUGCGUUCGCGGGAUUUUCGCGGGAUUCUCAAAAUGUCAUUGUUUCAUUGUAGUUAUUUUAUAAAACAAUUACCAAAUGGUUUUCCAACCAGGAUAGCAUGAUUCAUGCACUUGGGAUGUUGCUCGACUUUCGGAAAGCGUACGCUUUCCAAAAGUCUUACGACAUCCCUCAUGCAUGGAUCACGCAAUCCUGCACGGAAAACAAUUCGGUAUUCCUUUAUUCGGAAAGGUAAUGAGGUUGCUUGCAAUAUUUAGUAUAAAUUGGUUUGGAGUCAAACUAAAAUUUAACUACAAACGUAUUUAUAUAGUGAACAUUACUAAGAUGUUCUAUUUCAAAUUCUUGUCCAAAUCCACUAGUAAGAGCCAUUCUCUAACAACUCGUAUUUAAGGAAACAUCUUCAUUGCAAGACACAAAGGAGCGUGCGGAAUGUUUACAAAAGACAACCAAGGAACAACAGAAGAAGAGUACACUGAUCAAGGUAAUGAGAUUGCAUGUAUUUAAUAAAAAUUAGAUUGGAAUCAAACUAAAACUAAAUGAAGAACUUAUUUUAUUGCAAAGUUCUACCGUGUUCCACAAUUGAGGGCUAAUCUCUAACACGUGAAUUACAGGGUCCGCUGUCUUCUAAAGAGGAAACAUCUUCGUUGCAAGCAGCAAACAACCAUGUGGCAUUCGGACAAAAGACAAGUAAGGAACCACAGAGGAAAAGUACACGGUACACAAAAAUAUACAUCAAGGUGAGGAGAUUGCUUGUAUUUAAUAAAAAUUGGAUUGGAAUCGAACUAAAAUUAAAUUAAGAACUUAUUUCAUUGGAAAGCUCUGCCUUGUCCCACAAAUGAUGGCCAAUUUCGAAACAACAUGACUUUUAGCGCCCGUUGUCUUCUAAAGAAGAAACGUUUUCGGCGAAAAAUGAGGCAUGUGUUUUUUCGCUGGAAAUAUUUAUAAUAUAAAUUGGUUUGAAGUCAAACUGAUAUAAACCAAAAUUUUAUUCAAAGGGGAAAUGUUCUCUUUUAUAUUGUUCUCCCAACCAACUAAUUAGAGUCAAUCUCUAACAACGUGAAUAUUAGGGUCCGCUGUCUUAUAAAGAAGAAACAUCUUUGCCGAAAGAGACAAAGAAACGUGAAGUAUCUGAUAAAAAGGAGAUCAAGAGUUUGCAGAAGGAGAAUACACUGAGCAGGGUAAGUCAAUGUAUUUGACAUAAAUUUGUUGGGAAUCAAACUUAAACUAAAUUAAAAAUCUGUAUAUACAGGAAAGCAGUACAUUAUUAGAAUCUAGUUUUAAGUUCUUGUCUCUAUCCGCUAACAAGGCCGAUCUAUAACAAAGUAAAUUUUAGGAUUCGUCAUUUUCUGAAGAAGAAACAUUUUUGCUAAACCAAACAAAGAAACUUGAGGCAUGUGGAGAAAAUAAGACAAAGAUAGCACAGAAAGAAAAUGCAUUCGGAAAGGUAAUGAUGUUGCUUGUAAUAUUUAGUAUAAAUUGAUUUGGAGUCAAACUAAAAUUUAACUACAAACCAAACGUAUUUAUAGUCAAAAUCACUAACAUGUUCGAUUCCAAAUUGUUGUUCCAAUCCACUAAUAAGAGCCAUUUUCUAAAAACUCAUAUUUUAGGGUUUGCUGUCGUUUAAGGAAACAUCUUCACUGCAAGAAACAAAGGAACAUGCGGGAUGUUUACAAAAGACAACCAUGGAAUCACAGAAGAAGAGUAGACUGAUAAAGGUAAUAAGAUUGCUUGUAUUUAAUAAAAAUUAGAGUGGAUUCAAACUAAAACUAAAUAAAGAACUUAUUUUAUUGAAAAGUUUAUACCAUGUUCCACAAUUGAGGGCCAAUCUCUAACACGUGACCUGUUGGGUUUGCUGUCUUCUAAAGAGGAAGCAUCUUCGUUGCAAGCAGCAAACAACCAUGUGGCAUGCGGACAAAAGACAACCAAGGAACCACAGAGGAAGGGUACACUGAUCAAGGUGAUGAGAUUGCUUGUAUUUAAUAAAAAUUAGAUUGGAUUCAAACGAAAACUAAAUAAAGAACUUAUUUUAUUGCAAAGUUCUACCAUGUUCCACAAUUGAGGGCUAACCUCUAAUACGUGACCUAUAGGGUUCGCUAUCUUCUAAAGAGGAAGCACCUUCGUUGCCAGCAGCAAACAACCAUGUGGCAUGCGGACAAAAGACAACCAAGGAACCACAGAGGAAGGGUACACUGAUCAAGGUGAUGAGAUUGCUUGUAUUUAAUACAUAUUGGAUUGGAGUAAAACUAAAAUUAAAUUAAGAACUUAUUUCAUUGGAAAGCUCUAUUUUAAAUUGUUGUCCCAACCAACUAAUAAGAGCCAAUCUCUAACAACGUGAAUAUUAGGGUUCGUUGUCUUAUAAAGAAGAAAUGUCUUUGCCGAAAGAGACAAAGACACAUGAAGCAUCUGAUAAAAAUAUCAAGAGUUUGCAAAAGGAGGAUACACUGAACAAGGUAAGUCAAUGUAUUUGACAUAAAUUGGUUGGGAAUCAAACUUAAACUGAAUUAAACAUCUAUAUAUACAUCUAUAUAUAAAAGGCCGAUCUCUAAGAAAGUAAAUUUUAGGGUUCGUCGUUUUCUGAAGAGGAAACAGUUUUGCUAAACGAAACAAAGAAGCUUGAGGCAUGUGGAGAAAACGAGACAAAGAGACGACAGGAACAAAAUGCAUUUGGAAAGGUAAUGAGGUUGCUUGUAAUAUUUAAUUAUUAUAAAUUGCUUUGGAGUCAAACUAAAAUUAAACUACAAACGUAUUUUUGUGAAAAACACUAACAUGUUAAUCUAGUUUAAAUUGUUGUCCCAAUCCACUAAUAAAAGCCAUUCUCUAACAACUCAUAUUUUAGGCUUCGCUCUCUUUCGAAGAGGAAAAAGCUUCAUUGCAAGCAACAAGGGAACAUGUGGGAUGUUUACAAAAGACAAGCAAGGAACCACAGAGGAAGAGUACAUUGGUCAAGGUAAUGAGAUCGCUUGUAUUUAAUAAAUAUUGGAUUGGAGUCAGACUAAAACUAAAUAAAGAACUUGAAGUGAAACUUGAAGUCAAACUGAAACUAAACCAAAAUGAUACCCAUGCAUAUGGAAAAUGUUCUAUUUUAAAUUGUUGUCCCAACAAACUAAUAAGAGCCAAUCUCUAACAACGUGAAUAUUGGGGUUCGCUUUGCCGAAUUUUUAGAAACGUCUUUAUUUUAUUGGAAAGUUCUACCGUGUUCCACUAAUAAGAGCUAAUCUCUAACAACGUGACUUUUAGGGUUCGCUGUCUUCGAAAGAGGAAACAUCUUCAUUGCAAGCAACAAACAAAGAUGUGGCAUGUGGGCAAAAGACAACAAAGGAAUUACAGAAGAAGAGUACACUGAUGAAGGUAAUGAGAUUGUUUGUAUUUAAAUAAAAAUUGGAUUGGAGUCAAAUUAAAAUAAGAACUUAUUUAACUGGAAAGCUUUAACGUGUUCCACUAAUGAGGGACGAUUUCUAACAACGUGACUUUUAGCGCCCGUUGUCUUCUAAAGAGGAAUCAUUUUUGCCGAAAAAUGAGGUAUGUAUUGAAAAAGGUAAUGAGGUUGCUUGAAAUAUUUAAUAUAAAUUGGUUUGAAGUCAAACUGAAACUAAAAUAAAUAUCUAUUUAUAAGGGAAAUGUUAUACUUUAAAUUGUUGCCCUAAUCCACUAACAAGAGCCAAUCUCUAUAACAACGUGGUUAUUAGGAUUCGCUGUCUUAUAAAGAAGAAACGUCUCUGCCGAAGGAGACAAAGAGACGUGAAGCAUCUGAAAAAAAGAAGAUCAAGAGUCCGCAGAAGGAGAAUACACUGAGCACGGUAAGUUAUUGUAUUUAACAUAAAUUGGUUUGGAAUCAAAUUAAAGCUAAAUUAAAAAAUUAAAUAUACAGGAAAGCAGUACCGUGUUCUAUAUUUUAAGUUGUUGUCUCUCGCCGCUAAUAAGGCCGAUCUAUAACAAAGUAUAUUUUAGGGUUCGUCGUCUUCUGAAGAGACAAGAGACAAAGAGACAAAGAAACCUGAGACUUCUGGAGAAAUUUGGAUAAUGAGAGUACAGAAAGAAAAUGAAUGGAGAAAGGUAUAGUGAGGUUGUUUGUAAUAUUUUUAAUAAAUUGGUGAAGAAUCUAAAACUAAACUAAAAAUUAUUUGUUUUGGAAAUGACUACUUGUAUUUAAUAUAAAUUGGUUUGGAUCAAACAAAAACUAUAUUAAAAACUUAUUUACUUGCUGAAGGACACAAAGAAACAGGAAGCAUCUGGACAAAAGAAAAUCAAGAGUCCAGAGAAGGGUAUUACGCUGAGAAAGGUAAUAAAGUCAUUGUGUUUAUUAACAUAAAUUGUUUUGGAGCCAAAUUAAAAGUUAUUUAUAUAGGAAAUCACUGCAAUAUUCAAUUUUUAAAUUGUUGUCUUAAUCCGCUAACAAGGGCAAUCUCUAACAACGUAUUUUUAGGGCUCGUCGUCUGCUGAGGGAACAUUUUUGCUAAACGAAACAAAGAAACUUGGGGCAUGUGGAGAAAACAAGACAAAGAGACGACAGGACGAAAAUGCAUUUGGAAAGGUAAUGACGUUGCUUGUAAUAUUUAGUAUAAAUUGGUUUUAAGUCAAAAUAAAAUUAAGCUAUAAACGUAUUUAUAGUGAAAAGCAUGACUAACAUGUUCUAUUUUAAAAUGUUAGGCCAAUACGCUAAUAAGAGCUGUUCUCUGACAACUCACAUUUUAGGGUUCGCUGUCUUUUAAGAAAGAAAUCUUGUCAUUGCAAGCAACAAAGGAACAUGUAGGAUGUGGACAAAAGGCAACCAAGGAACCACAGAAGAUGAGUACAUUGAUCAAGGUAAUGAGAUUGCUUCUAUUUAACGAAAGUUGGAUUGGAGUCAAACUAAACUAAGAACUUAUUUUACUGGAAAGCUCUAUGGUGUUCUACUAAUGAGGGCCAAUCUCUAACAACGUAAAUUUUAGGGUUCACUGUCUUCCAAAGAGAAAACAUGUUUGCUAAAAGAGACAAAGAGACAUAAAGCACGAGGAGAAAAGAACACUGAGUGCCCACAGAAAGAAAGUGCAUUGAGAAAGGUAAUGGAAGUUGCUUAAAAUAAUCAGGGACGCGCUGGCAGGGAAGAGCCAACGAGAACUCGUUGUGGACCCCUGCCAUCAUGGACCCCUAAAAUUAAAACAUUGCAAUUUUUUCAAACAUUGAGAUUUUAAUUUUCAAAAUCAAGAUUAAGAUAUUACAAUCUAUAUUGUAAAAAUUAAAAUUUACGAAAAUAUUACCGAAAAAUAUUCGUUUGUGGGACCGAAAAGUUACGAUAUGCACGGAAAAAUCAGUUUAGUAUUUCCGGAAAACUGACGAGAAGUCCGGAAAAGAUUUUGUAUUCCAGGAAAAAAUACGAUAUGUGCGGAAAAAUUUCGGUAUGUCCGGAAACAGUUGUCGACCUCUGCCCCCUCCCCCCCCCCAGCUCGCCAACAAUUUUUGGAAGAGAUAUUAAUAUUGAGUCAUAGUUUUCUGAGCCUGGGCCCCAUCAGACGUUGCUCAUUCGUUGUCCUUUUUAAGACGCCAGCAAAUAAUACAUAUUGGUUUGGAAUCAAACUGUGAAUUUUAGCGUUCUCUGCCUUCCGAAGAGAAAUCUUUUCAACUAACUUUCCGACGAAAGACCUUCGCUCGAAACGUUGAAGUUCUUUAAGGUCGAAGUUCCCUAACUGCUCGACGAAGAAAAUUCAUUGAGAAAGGUAAUGAGGUUGCUGUAAUAAAAUAAAAAAUAACAGUAACGCCGAAUAAUUACAUUUUGAUUUUUAAUCGACGUUUCGACUAGUUUGUGGUCAUCCUCAGGAUUAAUCCUAAACGUCGAUUAAUCGAAACGUCGAUUAAAAAUCAAAAUGUUAUUCGGAGUUACUGUUAUUUUGUAUUUUCUUAAAAUACUGAGUGGUUCCCGUAAUUAUUGCUUGUAAUAUUUAAUGUAAAUUGAUUUGGAGUCAAAUUAUUCUAAAUUAAGUAGAAUAUUUUCUUGCUAAUGCAUUCGGGAGGUAGUGUGUUAUAAUAACUGAUAUGUAGGUAUUAUAAGUACAACUACUGUCAUAAGAAGGAAACACUUUAAUUAUCUAGAGAACCUGAGAGAUUAAGGAAUUCUCUGAAACGGUCACAAGCUACGCUAAUUCACUUAUCAACUAGUCACAUUUAGCCUGCUGUCGACUGAACAUCACUCAGUUUACACAUCAAUUUUUUCAUAACCCACUACUGCACCUAUAUAAUAUUGUCAAUAUCCUAGUUUUUUAUAUGCAAUGGCGUAAUUUGGCCCUCACCUUUACUGGGCAAAACUGUUUUAGAAUCAUCUUUACUGGGUAAAACUGUAAAGCACCCUGUUGUAUGUACUUUACUUGGUAAAACUGUAAAGCACCCUGUUGUCCAUUUAAUAAGGGACAAGCUCUAUAACGUGGUAACUUUAGGAUUUGUUGUCCUCUGAAAAGGAAACGUCUUUGAUAGAGAAGACACAGAAAGAUGAUGCAUGUAGAGAAAAGAGGGCCGAGAAAGUGCAGCAAGACAGUGGACUGAGCAUGGUAACGAGUUUUCUCAUAAUAUUUAAUGUGAAUUAGUUUGCAGUCAGACUAAACCUAAAUUAAAAACCUAUCUAUGCUGGAAAGCACCAACAUGUUCCAUUUUAAAUUGUCGUCUCUAUCCAUACACCAAUAAGGCCAAUCUCUAACGCGUAAAUUUUAGGGCUCGCUGGCUUUUGAAGAGCAAAAUACAUAUUAUACAUCACAAUAUAUGUGGCAAAGUACAAAGAAACAAAAGGCAUGUGGAGAAAAGAAGACAAACAAACCACAGAAUGUAAGUAUACAGUGAGCAAGGUAAUGAAAUUGCUUGUAAUUUAAUUUAAAUUGGUUUGGAAUCGUACUAAAAAUAUAUUAAAGGGUUAUUUAGGAAAGCUCUAGCAUGUUCUAGCUUAAUUUGUUUAAAUUGUUGUCCCUAUGAACCAAUAUAAGGGCCAAUUUCUAACAAUAUAACUUUAGGGUUUGUUGUCGUCUGAGAAAAAAAUAUCUUUGAUGCAAAAGACAAAGAAAGAUGAUGCAUAUAUGGAAGGGACGACUAAGACGCCACACAAAAAGAGAUCAUUGAACAAGGUAGUGAAAUUGUUAUUAGUAUAAAUUGGUUUGGAGUAAAAUCAAAAAACUAAAUUAAAAACCUAUUUAUAUUGAAAAGCAGUACCAUAUUCUAUUUUAAAAUUGUUGUCGCUAUAUACACAAAUAAGGGCCAAUCUCUAACGUGACUUUUAGGGUUUGUUGUCUCCUAAAGAAGAAACCUCUUUUUUGCAAAAGUUAAAGAGGAAUGAGAGAUGUAGGAAAAAGAAGACAGAUAGACCAGAGAAAGAGAGUUCACUGUGCAAGGUAAUGAGGUUGCUAUAUUAAAUAUAAAAUGGCUUCGAGUCAAACUAAAAGUACAUCAAAAACUUGAGUAUAAUGCAAAGCACUACUAUAUUCUAUAUUUAAAUUGUUAUCCUUAUCCACAAACAACCGCCAAUCUCUAACAACUAACUUUAGGGUAUGUUGGUCUCUGAAAAGAAAAUAUCUUUGAUGCAAAAGACAAAUAAAGAUGAAGCAUGUGAAGAAAUGAAGCCCAAGACACCACUCAAAACGAGUUCACUGAGCAAGGUAAUGAAGUUGUUUGUAAUGUAUAUAUUUGUGAAACUCAUUAAUAAUUCAUUAAGAAAACACAAACGAAAUCAUCAGCGUGAAGGAGUUUGUAUAUGCGAUACAAAAAUCAUGCUGAUUUACAUGAAACUUAUGUUUAAUUUUCUCACAAAAAUCAUUAAUUUAUUAGUUUCAAAUUCAAUGUUCUCAUCGAGAAGCUAUACAAAGCAUUUGCGUCCGUGUUGUAUCAGACAUACAACCUCUCGCAACACGGCCGCUCAUGCUUUGUAUAUUACAUUUUUUGUAUUUUUUGAAAUGCAGACAAAAUCUGUGUGCAUUGCAUGAUUGGUCCAAACUAAAAUUAUAAACUGACAAACUACUCUAACUAUGUACAGCUGCAGUUCUGCAUGUUUGUGUGCUUUCCCCCCUGAAAACGUUUUUCAGUUUAAACUAAUUUCGUUAUUUGUUAAAGGUUUCAGCGUCUCCUGAAAGGGAAUCAGAUAUUUUGGGAGACGCGAAAGUAGAUGGAGCGUGUGGGGGGCACUCAGGACAGAACAGUAAGAAGCCUGAAAAGGAUAGUACACUGUGUAAUGAGGUAAUGGAGGCUUUUGCAUCAAACGUGAAAUUAUAAUGGUUUUGUUUUGUGGACACACCACGUUUUACAUUGAUUGGCCCAAUAUUUAGACAUCAGUACAAGUUUGUCUAAAUCAUACACAAUCUUUCAGGAUCCACUACGAGACAGCAAAAACUACCUCAGUUUAUAACAUUUUCUAUUCUCGCAGAACCAAAUCAUGAAACUGAUGAAGAAAAUCGAGGAACUCGAAGAGAAAAAUCAUAAACUGGAAGGCAUGAAGAUAAUGCUGUUCAUACAAACUCAACGCCAAUUAGUCCAGUUGCAAAGAUAUGAGGCAAUGGACAUGAGAGGGCCUAACAUCAUUUCAGAGACAGUGGUAUGUGUAAGCAAUCAGAAGAAACUUUUGGUAGUGUCUCCCAUAUUUCACACACGAUAAUUUCUCUUUGACUUUAACCCCAAUAAUAAACAUGUCCCUAACCAAUGCUGUUUUUCAAAAGUGCCCGAUUUAAGGAACGAAAAAGGGUUUCUUGAAUGAACGCCCUCUUUUGCUGGAAAGAAUCGGUGCCCUUUAUGCAGUAGUAAAGACUCUGUAAAGACAAUUUCCGAUUAGAAACUCAAUAUUUUCAAAUAUUUUCGUUCGGCUCGUGAACGAACGACAUAAAAUCUUUGAUUUUAGUCCUUUUGGCCAAUGUCCCUCCACUUUCGAAAUGCUUCCGCGGCCUCUGUUGCGUUAGUUUUGAACUAGCACAACCUGUUUGUUUGAAGUUUAUAUAAUAUUUACCAAAUUUAUGUGCCAUUUGUACUAAAAAAAUCAUGUGGAACAAAUUAAUUAUUAUUUCAUUUAACAGGAAACUGAUCUACAAUGGUCGGGUCACCAUGACGUGGCUGGGAGACAAGAACUCUGAAUAAUUUCAUCCAACUCUAUUACAUGCAGAUUGCUUGAUUGGAUAUUGCACUACAAGCUGUAUAUAAAUUAAUUAGCUAUUCAAAUGAAUGUAUCAACUAAUUGCAUUACUUCAGACUGAACCUAUAAUAUUCUUAGCGUUUAUCCAAAAAAUUUUGCCAUCGAAAUUGAUUUUUUUGUUGCUCAUGAAAUCAAUUUUUUUAAUUGAGCUUUUUAUUGUCAAUCAAAGCACUAACUUUUAUCUAUAAUGGCCGCACUUUCUGACAUAUGUUAUAUAUAUAUGGAUGCCCAGCCUAGACAUAUAUAGUUAUUCCGGGAUGCCAUGCAUGCAUGCAUGCAAUAUUAGUUUUCUUUAGUUUAAGCGUAUUAUAGUAGAAGCUCUAGCUGUAUAAAAGAGGCUUAUGUAAAC